GCCAUUGCAAUUUGGGGAGGGGGGUGUGUGUGUGUAUCCCUCGCGUAAGACGCUGUCAUGGCAAUGCUAUUUGCCAGAUGUUUGUUUUAUUAACUCGUGUCUUGUCAGAUUUUGAGGCUAAGCAGAGCGUCGGGUUCCUGUGCAGAUUGCCAUUCGCUUAUCUGGCCACUUUUAACCGAAGUGUAGCACCGUUUGCGCUUAAGCUCUCAGGCACGCUUUACGGCGAAGUAUUACGCCGAGUCGGUUAUCAUUUUCUGUGGAGCCCAAAACGAGAGUUAUUGUUUAUUUUCUGUGAUUCUUUGACAGGCUCUGUCUUCUGCUCAAGGAAAUGGCCACACCGCAGUUUAAGCGAGGAACGCGGCUUAACGCGCGGAGAGGAAACCAGAGCUGAAUGGCAGGAUGCAAGCGACCUGAAGACGCAAAGUGGCACCUUUCUACUGCGCGUUGUUUUUGCUUUCCUUCCCUGCCCCCCAAAAAACCAAAACAGUCCGAGUGAGAGGAAUUAACUCCACAGCACCACUGAGGAAUUUGAAUACGUUUUUGAUUUUUUCUAGUUUAAAUUUUCGUAAGACAAACGAGGACGCGAGGAUGCGUUGUGGAUUAGUGCUGGUCCUGUUAACGGGAACCUUUGUCACCGCUUUGGCGAUCAAAAAUGACAAAUGUGGGGAUAAUAUCAGAAUCACAAGCGCCAAUUACCUCACCUCGCCCGGAUACCCGGCGUCCUAUUUUCCAUCUCAGAAGUGCGUGUGGGUGAUUACGGCCCCUGGACCGCAACAGAGGAUUCUAAUCAACUUUAACCCUCAUUUUGAUCUCGAGGACAGAGAAUGCAAGUACGACUACGUGGAGGUGAGGGACGGUGUGGAUGAGAGCGGUCAGCUCGUGGGGAAGUACUGUGGGAAGAUCGCCCCCUCGCCUGUGGUCUCCUCUGGUCACCAGCUCUUCAUCAAGUUCGUGUCGGACUACGAGACGCAUGGCGCCGGCUUCUCCAUCCGCUACGAGAUUUUCAAAACAGGUCCUGAAUGCUCGAGGAACUUCACCUCGAAGGGUGGGGUUAUCAAAUCCCCUGGCUUCCCCGAGAAGUACCCCAACAACCUGGACUGCACAUUCAUGGUCUUCGCUCCAAAGAUGUCCGAGAUCGUGCUGGAAUUCGAGAGCUUCGAGUUGGAGCCCGACACGCAGCCUAGCGCUGGGGUCUUCUGCCGGUACGACCGCCUGGAGAUCUGGGACGGCUUCCCUGGAGUGGGGCCGUACAUUGGCCGAUACUGUGGGCAGAACACUCCUGGAAGAAUCAUCUCCUACACUGGUAUCUUGGCCUUGACAAUCAAUACAGACAGUGCUAUUGCUAAAGAGGGCUUCUCUGCUACCUUCUCCAUACUGGAGAAGACCGUUCCCGAAGACUUUGACUGCAUGGAGCCUUUGGGUAUAGAGUCUGGAGAAAUCCAUUCAGACCAAAUCACAGCCUCGUCCCAGUACAAUCCAAGCUGGUCACCCGAACGGUCUAGACUCAACAACUUUGAAAAUGGCUGGACCCCUGCAGAAGACACCACCAAGGAGUGGAUUCAGGUUGACCUGGGCUUCCUGCGCUUCGUGUCAGCCAUCGGCACGCAGGGCGCCAUUUCUCAGGAGACCAAGAAGAAGUACUUUGUGAAGGCGUACAAAGUGGACGUGAGCUCCAACGGCGAGGACUGGAUCACGCUGAAGGAAGGCUCCAAGCAGAAGGUUUUCCAAGGCAACAGCAAUCCAACGGACGUGGUGAGGACCCUGCUGCCCAAGCCGACACUGACGCGCUUCGUCCGGAUCCGACCCUUCAGCUGGGAGAUGGGAAUCGCGCUCCGCUUCGAGGUGUACGGCUGCAAGAUAUCAGAGUACCCCUGCUCAGGAAUGCUGGGCAUGGUCUCGGGCCUCAUCACGGACGACCAGAUCACGGCCUCCUCCCACAUCGAUCGCAGCUGGGUGCCGGAGAACACCCGGCUGCUGACCAGCCGCUCGGGCUGGAUGCUGCUGUCCCAGUCCCAGCCGUACACCGACGAGUGGCUCCAGGUGGAUCUCGGGCGGGAGAAGCUCGUUCGGGGCCUCAUUCUCCAGGGGGGGAAGCACCGCGAGAACAAGGUGUUUAUGAAGAAGUUCCGCCUGGGCUACAGCACCAACGGCUCCGAUUGGAAGAUGGUGGUUGAGGCUGGCAGCAGCAAACCCAAGCUUUUUGAUGGGAAUAUGAAUUAUGAUACACCAGUGCUGAGGACAGUGGAGCCCAUUCUGACACGCUUCAUCAGGGUUUACCCAGACAGGGCUAGCCCAACAGGCAUGGGACUAAGACUGGAGCUCCUGGGCUGUGAGAUUGAAGCACCCACUAUGCCACCUACCACUCCGCCUCCCCCCACCACUCCGGCAGACGAGUGUGACGAUGAGCAGGCCAGCUGUCACAGUGGAACAGGUGAUGACUACGACCAGACAGGUGGGACGGCCGUGCCUGAGACGAUUACAGUGAUGAGUCCCAUACCAGCAUUCUGGUUCACCUGUGACUUCGGCUGGGCGAACGACCCCUCGUUCUGUGGCUGGACAGCUGAGGACUCCACUGGCUACAGAUGGCAGAUCCAGUCGAGCGGCACCCCGACACUCAACACCGGCCCCAACAUGGACCACACAGGAGGUUCAGGCAACUUCAUCUACACUCUGGCGACGGGCGCGCAGGAAACAGAGGUAGCGCGCCUGGUGAGCCCAGCCAUGUCGGGCCAUGACUCGGACCUGUGCCUGUCCUUCUGGUACCACAUGUUCGGAUCACACAUCGGCACGCUGCACAUCAAACAGCGACGGGAGAGCGCGCAGGGUGCAGCUGACGUGCUGCUCUGGACGGUCAGCGGUCACCAAGGCAACCGCUGGAGGGAGGGCCGUGUGCGCAUUCCCCACUCCAGUAAGCCCUACCAGGUGGUGAUAGAGGGGUUAGUGGGGAGAAAGACCUGGGGUGACAUCGCUGUGGAUGACAUUAAAAUCCUAGACAGUUUCAACAUGGCUGAUUGCAAAGACCCAGAUGUCCCUACAGAACCUAUGCUGCCCGAGGAUAGCUUCAACAGAAUCAUUGAGGAAAUCACUGCUUUUCCCAAGAUGGUGGAGCACAACGAGAUCACUGGAGCAGGCAGCAUGCUGAAGACCUUGGAUCCCAUCCUGAUCACCAUUAUCGCAAUGAGCGCACUGGGGGUAUUUCUGGGUGCCAUCUGUGGCGUGGUGCUCUACUGUGCCUGCUCACAUGGAGGCAUGGCCGACAGAAACUUAUCUGCCCUGGAGAACUAUAACUUUGAGUUGGUGGAUGGUGUCAAGCUAAAAAAGGACAAGCUCAACUCACAAAACUCAUAUUCAGAAGCAUGAGGCACUAACCAAUGUAAGAAAACCACUCCUCAGUGGGGCGGGCUAAAAAGGACUGCUAGUGCUCUCCCAUUGGAAGGAGGACAAGGCUCUGAGGUUCUGGGAACCAAUGGGAGGAGAAUUUGGACUGAGCCAUGCUUUUCUCAGGAGCUGCAGUGAACAGAACCUACCAGUAGGGGACACUGUGUACAAAAUUAAGGAUUAAGAAAAUGAAACAAAAGAAUAUGUACAGAUGAUUUAGAUUAUUUUAAUUUUAUUAUUUUGUAUUAUUUUUAGUUGCUCAUUUCUACAAUCGGAUGCUGGUGUUGAGACCAAUAUAUGAAAAUGUCAUACAUAUUUAUCAUUUGUAAUUUUUUUUUUUUUCUGGACAGAAAACCAUUUUAAAGGUUGCUGUUUUGUGUUUCAAAGAGAUGUGUAAAAAUCCCAAAUGAACCAUGUUUGCUGAUGGUGGGUGUAUUCGCCCCAUGGUGUGCUGAGUAUCUGGGGGGUGUGGAGCUCUGUUCCGGCCCUGGUGGAUUCCAGCUGUGGUUCAGUCAGUGCCUUUGGUACAUCUUUCUCGGCCUCCUUAUGUUGAGUUUUGAAGAUUUGCAUCCCUUUAGUUCUGGAACAUCAUGUUGAGAACCCACAUAUUGUACAUACAGUUUAAUAUAUUUUAAUUGCCCUUUUCAAAGAAAAACAGUAAAAGGACAAAAAGAA